CUUUUAUGUAAAAAAAAAUGAAUUGCGAAAAUAGUAAAUCAUCAAGUUCUAGACAGAUAGUUCAUUACGAUGACCACAAAAUCGACAUGAUUUGUGCAAGUUUAGAAAAAGAAAUCGCAGCUUUGAAGAACGCCAAAUAUCAAGAUAACCCGUUAAUGGUCGUGCGUGAUCACACAUAUUUUAAAGCAACUUUGCAAGAAACAAAUACCCUAUCUCUUCUUGAACUACCAGCACUGGCCUCUACUAAAAAACAUUCAUCGGACCCACCAUGGUCUCAGAAAAAGGAUUUUCUCAAGUACUCGUUGCCGGGCGCCACACAAACUUCGACUUCGUUUCAGAGAACACAACAUACGCAAACAGCACCGAUUUCUUUGACCGACAAGUCAAAUUUCGCGUCUGUGUGGAACAUACAAAUAAACACACGCAGUACCAAUCCACCGUUAGAAAAACCAAAUAUCCACUCAGACGUGCUCAGCAAAAAAAUGUUCGUUUUCGAACGAAUAGUUACUUCGAAUUAUUUUUCGGAAAAACAGAUUGAAUUCAAAACAUUACAUUCAAUUACCGAUUCUACAUCGUACCGUUACGUUUUGGAAGAUAUUUUACAAUUUUCAACCAAAGAAACAGAAAAUUGUUCAGUUACGUCAUUUGUAUGGAACACAUUGAACGAAGAUAUCUUAGCAGUUAGUUAUGGUAAAUGGAAUGAUGAUGCCCGUGAUGGCAAUGACGACGUUAAGGGAAUUGUAUACUGUUGGUCGCUGAAAAAUCCAGUAAACCCUGAGAGAAAAUAUAAAUUCGACAAGCCUAUAACCUGUUUGAAUUUUUCGAAGACUGAUGCUAACAUACUCGUUGCCGGCAGCUACGAUGGCUACAUAUUCGCUUUGGACAUAACUCAAGAACGCUAUCGUCCAUUAACAAUUAACGAAAAAUACCUGAAAAACUUUCCAAUAUGCAGCAUUGUUUCGUUAAUGCAAAAAGGUUAUAAUAAGUCUGAAAAAGAAUUUGUUUUGUCCGUUGACAGCAACGGUACUGUGCGCAAGUGGUCAAUUACAUUUGAAUCAAAUAAAAUCGAUCAAGUGUCGUUAUUAUAUUGUGGCAUUCGGAACGGCGGCAGCGCUAUAGCAAGUAAUGCGGUAGUCGCACAAAAUAUGUCUGGGACAAUUUUGUCACUUCAUCCGACAGACAGAACAAUUUACUUCGUCGGAACCAAAUUCGGGUUUAUCGUCAAAAACACCAUAGAUAACUGCGACGACUAUGAUGACAUUUUCAUUGCUCACCAUGGACCAGUGUAUGGGAUAAAAUUUUCGCCGUUUUUCCCUAAUAUUUUCAUGACGUACGGAGCAGACUGGCAGAUCAAUAUUUGGACCGAAGACAUAGAAAAGCCAUUACUAUCACUGUGCUACUUUAACGCAAUCGAGGACGCCGAUUGGUCGCCUAUCAACUCAACAGUUAUAGUUAGUGUUAGCCAGGCGGUCAUUUGUAUUUGGGAUUUUGCAAGAAAAACUGUAGAACCUGUCAUGACGUUUACUUGCGAAGUCGGUGUUCACUUUACUCUGGUUAAAUUUUCCAAACGCGGCAAUAAUAUUCUAACUGGUGAUUUGAAUGGGCAGAUAAGGUGCUUUCACAUCAAGAGUAUGCCAGCUCCGCCGUUUCUUCAAAGAAAUUCAAUCUUAACUGCUCUAAAAAAUGUGAUGUCAAAUCCAGAAAUGGCGCGAAUUUGUAAAAAAAUAUAA